GCUGGAUCAAAGAGUAACGGGCAAAUGGAUCAUAUUAUGGAAGCAGAGAAUAACAGAUUAGUUGAUAAUUUAUCCAACAAGAUAUCAAUGCUGAAAGGGAUAGCAAUCGAUAUUGACAAAGAAUCAAAACAUCAAAACAGAUAUAUUGAUGGAAUGAGCGAUGACUUUGGAAGCACGUCAGGUCUGUUAAGUGGCAGUGCACAACGGCUUGCGCACAUGAUAGGCUCAGGGAAAUCAAACAGGACUUUAAUGUGCUAUAUUAUUACUGGACUGGUUGUUCUGUUCCUUAUACUCUAUUAUGGCCUGGGUAGAAUAGUUAGAUAA